CAGCGGCUACGUCUGCCGCGACAUCUCACCCCGAGUCCCCCUUUGUUCGACGCAGCUUGUUGUGUGCAGCUGCCUUUGUGCUUAGGUAUGGUACUGUUGGCUGACAACAUUGUUCGCUCGUCUAGUACAGUAUCUCGAGAAAAAGGGGCUUCCGAUGAAAUUCCAAGCUUUCUUCUUGGGCGAAGUAGUACUACAAGACACUACCAAAUACACCGAAGCUUACUUCAAAGCUGGCAUAAACGACUACAUGCAGGCGGCAAACGAAGAGACCGUCCGCCUGAUCUCAUCUACUUCCUCGCAGACCACCUCGCGUGGCAACAUCUUUGGACGCUGGGGUAGGCGGGUGUCUAUUACACCAACCACAGACUCCUCUACUAUGUCCGUACCUGUCCAUCUGGUCGCUUCGUCGAUGACGAUUGCGGCUCUGCCCGGUCUUCGUGAACGAUGUGAGGACUUCAAAAUACAGUCUAACAUGAUCUGCAAAAGGGUCGCGCGCAUUGCGGACUUGGAAGCAGAGAACAAGAAGCUGUAUGUCCAGCUUUCAAUCGAGGACGAUUUGGGUAAAGAUGAUGUGUCAGACGGGAAGGACUGUGUACAUGGUAUUGCCCUGUAGUUAGUCUCAGUCCUAGAUUCAUUAGACGUACCAAACUUGUCAU